AUGAAUCUCCAGAUCAACCCCCGAUUACUCUUUCAAUUACUUUUAUCAGCAUCCUUAGUCCUCUCCCAGCAUUCUCAUAAACGAUCAUUCUCCUUGAUUGCUGAUGAUGAUGCUGCCUUUUGUGUGAGAACUGUUGAUUGCAUUGAGAAAAUACGGAAAUUGGUCCCGCAGACAAACAAAUUCUGGUUUGGCGAUGCAUGGAAAAUGAAUUGUGGAGGAUUCUCGGCAGCUAGAUUGAGAGAGGUUAGUUGGGGAUAAUGAUGUCGUUCGACGAGGAUGUUACUCGCAACUUUGUAUUAAAAUAUUGAAAAAUAAGCCUUGUGCAAAGCUCUAAAGAUGUUUAUAAUUCGUAAAGUGACAAUAACAUCUUUGCAUUGCAACUAAAAAACUUCUCUUUUGACUUUACCUUUUCAGCAAAAUCCAAUCCGAUGUCUGAAUCCGCGGGAGCUCUCGGUCUUUCACUCUUUGGGAAGUCGACUAUUCCAGGCCAGGACAUUCACCGCUGCCUACCUUCAAAACUUGGCAAUAUUUCCCAGGAUGACAUUUACUCUACAGUCUGGUAUGACCAUCUCUUUUUUAAACCUUACCAUUCUCCAAACCCGAGACACUACCCAAAACUCCAACUUAUCCUCAAGUUUCAGGUCAAUACCGAGGUUGCGACCAUGAUUUUGUGGUGGAAUGCAAUCGCAGCAAAGUAAUGGCGCAUCCAGAAAUGGAGCCUCUUCAGCCAUUCCUCAGUCGGGCUGUCCCAGAGAUUUCCUGGCCGGAACUUGGUUCAAAUGAGAGUAAUGUCAUCAUGUUCCUCGACGUCGGCUUUGGUCUCCUCAAAUUUUUGAUGGUCGACUAUCCUCGGAAUCCCAAAAUUAUUGUCGAUUAUGAUACCAUCGAUAAUUUUCGACCAAAUCAGCCAACUCCAUUGGUCAUUUUGGUCUUCAGGGGAGAUAAUCUUGUAUCCGAAUCAAUUAAAAAGACCAAAUUUAAUACCGAAAAAGUGUUUGAUUUAACAAGUUUUAUGAUGGAACAUGGACUCGAGUCAGGUGAGUUGUUUUUUCAAAUAUUCUUGAGUGAGAUCUUUAGAUUUGAUUGGACUGAAUUGGGCGUUAAUUGGCUCUGAUGCGUAUGCCAUGGAAAGACAACGGCUAAAGGGAUCAGUCGACAACUGUCAUUCUUUGAUUCAAAAAAGUGAGCACUCAAAAAUUAUGAUUAAAAAAUUUUAUUGAUAAUUUUAGAGCUCCAAAAAGAGAAACUCUACGAAUUUACGGAGCUUUUCCCACUGUCGGAAAUGGAUUCCUCGUUGUCCGUGAGCUUCUCUCAGCCGAAAGUUGAAUAUGAAGUGUGCUGUAAGAGAAUUACAACAACGUAAGUAUUUUUUAUGAUAUUCUGACUUACCAUGCCAUAAUAUUACCUUUUGCUUACUCUUUCAGAGAGAGAGACAUCUUUAUUGACCCGCUGGACUCAGGCCAAACCCUUCCAAGUGUGGCUGUGAGAAAGUACCCCACUGUAACUUCUAUGAGAUCUAUUGAAUACGAAACAGAGAAUUAUCAGAGGAGCCUGAGGCAUUAUAUUGGUAAGAAACUUUGAGUGGUUGAGUUCAUACAACGAGUUCUUCAAACACCAUCUUAAGACGACUGCUGGCUUAUUAUACCAGAUUCUUUUAGCCCUAAAAGAAGACCGUUUUACCCUGGUCAUGUUCGAUCCGCAUCGUCACUAUCUGCAUUGGUUUAUAUCGGAUAUCCCGGCCGGAUCUUUGGCUGCCGGUACAAUUCAUGCGGAAGGAAAUGAGAUCGCCCCAUAUGUUCCGCCGGUCCCCGGGGAAUUCCAGAAAUGUAUUUAUCCAGUCUUGAUCCUGUUUCGGCAACCCCGAAGUGAGCAGACUUUAUCCGAGAUCUCACAGUUCUACGGGGAAGAUCAUGUGUUGCGGUCGACGCAUUGCAAAGGUCAUUGUAUUUAUCGGUAGGUGAAUUCAAUUAUUUUUUGUUUUCAAGUCGUUUUAUUGUGUUAUCGAUAGUCUUAUAGAAGUGCCUUUGACAUAACGCAGUUCAAAUCUUUCCAUCGGCUCCGGCUCUCGGCUAUGAGUUGGUUCCAAGUUUGUUUCGAUUUCCACGAAGCCCAUAGACGAAUACAGCAUCUUCGCAGUGAGAAUGGAACAAGGGAGAUCCCUCGAGGUAAACCUGGGACCAAAUAUGUUUGGAAGCCGAAGAUGGAUCCGAAUGAGAAGAGGUAAGCAUUGCUGCAAGAUGAUUAAUACAAACGUUUUUCUAAAUUAAAGUCAAUCUAACAAACGGUCUUUCCAGAACUGACGAACAAGCUUACCUCAAAGCAAAAAUGGCCGAGAUCUGUACAGCAGCACGUCAUGGAGAGCCCCAUAAUUGUGAUGUUGAGCCGAGUUCAGCUAUAAGAAUAAUCGGAUCCUUUGUUUUGAUCUUUUCCCUUCUUAUAAUGCUCUAA